GUGACGAAAAUCAGGCAAGGUAAGGCGGCAUAAUUGGUCAACAGGAACUGGUCCAAUUCCGAUUUAAUAUUCAUGAUUGUGAUCACGAAUUAAGAUUAGGAUUAAGGGAUUAAUGUCAGUCUUUAAUCCCUAGUGUGAAUACUAAAGUUUAAUCCUUAAUUUCGCUAAUAAAGAUUGUCUAGUAAUACAUAAAAUCAGAACUUAUCACCGGAUGGGGACCCAGAGUGGGAGUCGUGUCUUGCCCGCGCCUGGGUCAGGGGGCGCGAAAUUAGUGAAAUUUCUGACAUCUUCUGUCCGUCUAGGGCUCACUGCGGUGUGGCAACCAAGAGCUCUGUACAGAGAAUUUUACAAGAAGCCGGAGCCUCUCAGGGAAUUGCCCAACCGGGCUGGCGAAGUCGUCGUCUUAACGGGAGGAACGAGGGGGAUUGGUUUACAAGUUUUGACAAAGCUGCUGCAAUCUGGAUUUCAUGUCAUUAUGGGUUGUCGAUCCCUGCUUGCUGGAGGAGAAGUGAUCGCUUCCAUUCGGGCCGUAGGUAUCACAACGGGAUCGUGCCAAGUGUUGGAGUUGGAUCUCAAGUCACUCAAAUCUGUGUACACUUUUGCUGCGACCGUGCUUCAAGAAGUGGAUCGGAUCGAUUUGCUAAUUAAUAACGCCGGGGUCAUGUUUUCUCCUUAUGAAAUAACAGAAAAUGGAUACGAGUCCCAGUUCCAGGUUAAUUACUUGUCCCACUUCGUCCUCACUUCUUUACUGUUGCCACGAGUUAAGGAAACGUCAUUACGAGUUGAUAAGCACGUGGCUUGUCGAAUCGUAAAUGUCUCCUCCGUCGCCAACUAUGGGGGAAAGAUCGACUUUGAUGAGUUGGAAGAAUGCAAAGUUUACGUGUCCACGAAAGCAUAUGCCGAUUCGAAAUUAUGUCAAAUUUUACACACUCGUUAUUUGGACACGAUUCUCCGAUCGGAAAAACACAUCAAGGUGAACGUUUUAGCCGUUCACCCCGGAACAAUCGUGUCCGAGUUGUGGGAUAAUUUGCCCCGUUUCAUUCUGGUGAUUGCAAACGCGGUCAAGGGAAUCCUUCAAACUACGGAGGACGGUGCCAACACAAUAAUUUACACCGCAUUAUCCCCAAAGUUGGAAGGAAUCGGAGGAGUUUACAUCGCAAAUUGUGAAAUUGUCCCACCAAAUCAGCAAGUUGAAAAUGUCCACGUGCAGCAACAAUUGUGGGAAAGAUCGCUCGAACUGGGAAAACUUUAAUUGUCAAAUAAUAAUAAAAAAGUACAAAAAAAUUUAGCGACUCUACUUAUUUAUUUGUUAAAACAUUGAAAUAUAAUAUCACACAAUGUUAGUGAAUUUUUUAAAAAACUUAAAAUUUUAAAUUAAAAAAAUCAUAAAAUUUUAACGCGUCCA